GAUUAUCGACACUCUACAACUCGCGUUGUUCAGCCAUCUUACCUUCACCUACGUCGUUACUGAUCUGUCCAACUCAACGGCGAUCGAUCGAAUCCUAUGCUUCACAGAGAUGAAUAGCCCACUGACAUGUCGAGUAGACAAUCAUACUUUUGACUGGAUUGAGCGACUUCAUUGUUCGGAGCAUAUUCUGUCAUCGGAUUUGGAAAUUGAGCCAGAGGAACACUACACUCGCCAUAGCAAUGGCGGUCAACAGCAUAACGAUAUUCGCAUUAAAUUGCGGUCUCAUGGCCAAAAUUGUCUCUGCACAGACGGUUGAUGCAUUCAGAAGCAAAGAAGUAUCGGGUUUGGUCUAUGCGGGGCUCAUCAACAGCGUUUGCGGGAACGUCCUCAUAGCGGCAUCUCUUUACGCCAUCUUGAGGAAGCAUCUGAGGGCCGCUUCCAACUCCAGGACAAGCUUCAUCGUGCGCACACUUAUCGCCUACAGCGUUGAAACGGGUGCGACGACAAGCAUAUGCGCCCUGGUCUGCCUGAUUGCGUACGCAGUCAUGCAGCACAAUUGCAUCUACAUUGCUCUGUACUCUAUCCUAUCCAAGGUUUCCCUGAAUGCGCUCCUAGCUACCCUCAACGCGAGGCGUGGUCUCCGAGAGAAUGACGGACCGCGAGGAGAAGGGAUCAUCUCGGUAGCGGGAUCCGUAGCGAAGUUCCUCGGCGGGAAGGUCAACACGGACAGAACUUGCGCCAGGGUAAGUGGUCUCAUCUUUCUCGUAGCACAUCACACGGAUGGACCAGCUGUCAACAAAGGACAUUCAAGUCAGUGUUCAGACAACCAUCGACCAGUUGGUAGACGAAGAGCCAUUGCCAAAGACCACUUACCCGAGCCACGCGCUCACCGAGGCGAUAGGAUGAACAUCAUGCAAUGAUGUCGAUCAUCAGAUUCCCGGGCACGCCAACCUCGAGAAUGGGACAGGUCUUCGUCGUCGUCCUCGGCCGGAAGCAACACGCACAACGCACAAAAACGAGUAUGU